GGUGUCGAUGGGGGAGGCGAGAGGGUGCGCGAGGCGUAUUGAUCGGCGGCGGGGCCCGACGUCACGACUGGCAAGGGCGCAUCCGAGGGUAGCUAGGCGGCGGCGCGCACAUGCGCCCCGCGUGCAACGGCACGCGAUCGACCGCCGCCGCAGCCGCCAUCGCCCCCAACGCGAUCGCACUGGCAGCGUCACUCAGUUAGUGUCAAAGCCAGGCAGUCGAAUACGGAGACCUUUGCUGCCCCAAAACGCGUUCGCAGCUCGUGCCAGUGUGAGAGGUAAAUAAAGUCAUCAAGUUGAGGAGGCGGCAGCGUGAGGUCGUGAUGCCUCGCGAUGUGUAAACACCGCGCGAAAGUGUAAUAGCCACCCCCCAACACUGUGUGUGACCGGACAUACCUACUCGCCACCAUGGGUACCGUGCUGUCGUUCUCGCCGCGCUCGGGUGGCGGCUCCGUUGACCAUCAACGCGGACGCCCCGUCUACACCUCCACCACCACCACCUCGUCGGCGGCAGCGGGUGACUUUACGCUGCAAUCGCUCAACAAUCUCAACAACUACUCCUACGAGCAGCUGAACAACGUCAAGAAUCGCUCGCUGACGGCUGGUGGAGGUGCAGCCGUCGUGGGCGGUGGGGGUGGUGCGGCCGACAACCGCGAGAACAAGCAGCCGUUCGUCAACAAUCUCCACCACCACCACAACAACAACAACAAUAACAACAAUGACAAUCUACGCGUGAUCUCGGAGAAGAGCGCGUUGGAGCGGCAGCAGGCGGCGCAGCUGAAGAAGCACUCGUCGCUCUUCAUCAACGCGCUCUCGUGGAAGCGGUUCUCGUCCACGGGCAACAAGAAGAAGGAGGCCAGCCAGGCGAACAACAAUGUGGCGCCCAACAACAACGCCAAGCACAAGCGCCAGCCGCUCCUGGACGCGAACGCCGAGAAGAACAAGAACGUCGCCGGGAUCUACUAUUCGGCGGCGAUGACGGCGCCCGCCGCCAAGAAUCUGGAUAUCGUGCGCGUGAACAACGCCAACAACAUACACCACCACCAUCAUCCGCACCAGCAUCCGCACGCGCAGCUGCAAUUGCAGGCGGUCAACAACGAUAAGAACCGCGUGAUCAAUUUGAAUGCGGGCGCGCGUCCCGCUUGUCUGCAGGCGCCGCCGCCCCAGCACCAGUUGCUGCCCGCGCAGCCGCAGCCAUCCGCCGGCAAGGAGAUGGUCGCCGGCGGGGGUGGCGGUGGACGCAAGACCGUCAUCCAGGCGUCAACAUCGGAGUUGCUCAAAUGUCUCGGGAUGUACCUGCACGCCAAGUGCUAUCGCCUGCGCGACUUCCAGGCGGGCGACGCCGUCAUGUGGCUGCGUACCGUCGACCGCAGUCUCCUCCUGCAAGGCUGGCAGGACGUGGCGUUCAUCAAUCCGGCCAACGUGGUGUUCGUCUACAUGCUGGUGCGCGACCUCGUCGGUGGCGAGCCGGACGACGAUGGCGGCGGCGGCGGCAGCCCGGCGGCGGGCAUCACCAGCGAGCAGGAUCUGCAGGCCGUCGUGCUCACCUGCCUCUACCUCUCGUACGCCUACAUGGGCAACGAGAUCUCCUACCCGCUGAAGCCGUUCCUCGUCGAAGACUCCAAGGAGCGCUUCUGGGACCGCUGCCUGCACAUCGUCGACAAGCUGUCCGCGCAGAUGUUGCGCAUCAACGCCGAGCCCGGCUACUUCACCGAGAUCUUCACCGAGCUGAAGGCGUGCGGCGGUGCGUUCGCCGCCACCACCAACAACAACAACAACGCCGCCGGUGGGCAGGCGGCCGCCAGCAUUCUCGUCGGCACCACCGCCGUGCCGGUGGUCUCGUGCAACGCCGGCGCCAACGCCGCCAAUAACAACACCGCCCUCGCGCAGCACGCAUAAUCGCUGCGCAAGUCAAACGUCUUCUCAAACUACGCGACGCUAGGCUAAGGACACAAACCACGUAAAACGUAAAUAUGGUACAUUUAAAGAAGUACAUAUAAUGUUAACGAUAUAUAUAUAUGAAUUAAUUAAUGCAUAAGAAAAUUAUGAAAGUGAUAGGUAAUUAACGUCGUCGUCGUCGUAAAUUCUCAUUGACUUAGAAAAUUUCUCUCAUUUUGUUGCAUAACAUGUUUGGAUAUGGUUCGGGCCAAUGUGCAAUACAAUUCGCGAGCGGGGGCCGCCGCGCGCGCGUCGCCGCGUGCCCCGCAUUGCGCUAAACUUAACUUAUUAUUACUUUAAGAGACAAACAAGAAGGUAAACCAACAAUUGUAACAUUCCCACCUCGAUAUCGUUCCACGAUGAAUAUUAUUAAAUAAAUGCCAUUUGAAACAAAAAAAA